AUGUCCGGUGCUCCGCCGCCCGAGGAGGAAUUCGAGGAACUCACGAUGGAGGAGGUCGACGCCUGGGCCGCGGAUUCGGCUCCAGGCGACGGCUCGGACGAGGAAGAGCCCCUGGCACACGAUGCCCGAACAGUCCCGCAGCAAGGGGGCGCGAUGCAGCAGAUGGAGGUGCACGAGUCCACUCGAGAGGACGCGAGCAACGCGGGCUGGGGCCUCGGGGGCUGGGGCAGCGCCAUAUCUGCCCUCGCGAAGGGAGCCCAUCACGACCUCCAGCAGCUCGGGCGCGCGAUCAGCGACACGGUGGCGCCCGAGCCUCCCGCGCGUCAGCGUAGCACAGCGCCACCCGCGGAGGACGACGACGGGCGGGACGCGCGGGCAGCCGGCGAGAAGGACGACCUCGGCGAGCGCACGCGCGAGGCCGGCGCGUUCCUGUCGUCUGCGUGGGGCUGGGCCCAGCGCGAGGUCGCACAGGGCGUGCAAGCGGUGGCGGCGACGCAGGAGUGGCAGGCCGCGAAGGGCGGCGUCGCGGCGCUGAGGAAGCGCGCCGGCGCGCUCGUGCUGGGCGCGGAGCAGCGCCUGGCCCCGGAGGCAGCGCGGGCGAUGCAUGUGUUUGCGCAGUCACUGCGGUCCGCGCUCGAGGGCGGCACGGCGGCGCUCGAGGGGCUGCUCGGCGGGCAGCGCGCGGCGACCUUCGAGCAGGUCUGGGCGGACGCUGGCGGCGAGCGCGACCUCCGAGAGCUGGAGGGCGUGUCGCGGUCUACGCGCGAGGGAGUGCGAGCCGCAGCGCGCUCAGCGGCGCCGGCGCAUGCGGAACGCAUCGCGGUCGGCCUCAAGGACCUGGCGGCCGUCUUCGACAUCGACAACUCCCACGGCCAUCGCGCGAUCACGUCGUGGGAGGAGGUCAAGGUGGCGAUUGUCGACAAGGGCAGGGUGUCUGCAGCGGCGGCGCUGGCGGUCCCGGGGGCCGCACCGGUGGACGUGGCGUCGGUCGAGGGGCUGGAGGCGCUGCAGGCGGAGGCGGACGCGGCGUUCGGGGCCCUGUUGGGCUCUGAGGCGUGCGGGGCGUUCAGAACAGGAAAGGGAGCUCUCAUGACGCAGGCACACGCGCUUCCACAGCGCAGCAAGGAGGUGGCGGACAACCUGCUUCCGCCGGACAUGAAGGCCGACGGCACGCCGCGCGACGAAGCUCUGGCGGUGCUCGAGGGCGCGGUGGAGUCAGGCACGGACAUCAUCGUGUCCGUCCGCGCCACCGGCAUGGCCGCGACCGUGCAAACGACCGUCCGCGGCGUUGCGUCGCUCGCCGCUGCGGCGUUCGCGCUCGAGCGGCGCGCUCGUGGUGGCGUUGGCCCCGGAGACGACACGGCGACCUUGCCGGAGACCGCGUGGCCCCCCAGGUACGUCUCUGUUGCCCUGGCGCUGCGCAAGCUCGCGGAGAGCUGCGUGGAGGACAUGGAGGCGGUCAAUCUGGCGUUCAAGGCAGCGGUGCGCGAGGCGGCGGCUGCCUUCGCGGCGGGCUGCGAGGCGUUCGCGCCGGGGGUGGACGAAACGGCCGGCGAGGGGCCGAGCGACAACUUGCCGAGCAUCACCAACGACGAGGCGCGGUGGGCGCGUGAAGAGCUUCAGAGGGCUGCUGGCGCAGCUGCGGCCGGACUCGAGGAGGCGCGCGGGCGCUGCAAGUUGCUUCUUGUGCAGGCGACCAGGUGGCUGCACAGCCCGGCCCUGCUGCCGUUCGCGCUGGUGGACCCCGACCAGGAGCGCUCCGGUGACGCCCCCACUGUGGCGCACGUGGACCACGUGGGACCUGAGGAGGUGGAGCGGCACGUGCACGACGUUGGGGGUGGGCCGGAGAGUUGA